CUCUUCUCACCCACUGAUGGGGACUAUUGUCCAAGCCAACAAAGGCUCUUCUUCUAUUAGUCCGUCAAUGAUGGACGUUUUUGAUGCUGUUAAGCACAGCCAAACACCAGAGUCUCUGUUUGAACCCAUGCCUUUUGAAAAUACUACUUCAAUCUAUCGUUAUCGACGGCAAAAUGAUGGUCAGGAAAGCAGCAGCAUAUAUACUUCAAGUAGCGAUGACGAAGAUGAAGUCACAACAGACAACACCAUGUCAAACUCAUGUGGUAAUACCGGGCAAUCCGUUCCAUUUAUCAGUGAUCCAUUUAGGAGGUCGUUCCAGCGCACACCACAUCGAUCUCACACUCAUCCAGUACCCAACCAUCGUAAUUCAACUGCCAAUAUCUCUACUGAACAAGUGUCCUGCACCUCUACACGGUCUCUGCCACUCAGAAAAGUGCGGUUUUCGGACGCUGUCACUCAUAUUGAUACUUUGUCAUCAACACGCCGAUUUUCAGACUUGGGCGAAGCCCCGCUUAGUCGGCAGCAACUUGCUGCAUCUCCAACAUCCCAUCUCUCUCCGUCUGUAUUGUCUUCAUCCAUGACAUCUUUAUCUGCUUCCCUUGCUGCUCUGACUCGUCCUACUUGGUUCAAGUCCCUUAUGACCAAAGUCCAAUCCAGGAGAGACUCGGCCACUUCCGAUCUAGACAUAUUCCCUUGACCGAACCCCACUACCGAUACAUUAUACAUUUCUUUUAUCUUUUCAUAUUUACAUACUUCAUUUCCUUGCUUCACAUCUUUCUGAAUGCCAGAGGCUGACUAGCCUUUUUGUUUAAAUGAUUGGCAAAUAUAUUUCUUUCUGGAAUU